UGUUGGCAAUGCCCGCCCCUUUAUCACAAAAUCUUCACCUGACCAUGGUUCAAUUUCCAUUUACCGUCAAGGAGUGGGGGAUGUACCUUUUAUAAUUCGGCUGGUGAAAAAGAAAAGAAAAUGGACACUCAUUCACACAUUGACAACGGUUCGACUUCAGAAUACGACAUAUGUUGUUUGGCAUGUGAGGAGGAGGGGUUGAACCAAGCGGCUUUAUUCUAUUGCAAGGAGUGUCAGAAAAGUUACUGCCACAAAUGUGUAGAGCUCCAUAAUAAACUUUAUAGGAAACACACCGUUUUGGGAAGAGAAGCGUUGGCACUUAUUCAGAAAAAGCGAGAUUUGGAAGGUAACGUUGAGCGGCUACAGACAGUCUAUCAAGACGUUCGGAAAGAAAUAAAAGAUUUACGAAAAACCUUGAACGAGACUUUAGAUACGAUAGAAAGAAACACUGUUAAAGAGCUGGACACAUUACUUGCAACCCUGAAGUCAUCCCAAAAGGCUGAAAUUGAUAAAUGCAAUUCUGUUCUUGCAAAAAUGCAAAAAAUAAACGAUACAACCCCGGACAUUGAGAAAAGUAGUGAAACCACUUCAUUAUUUUGGUACAGGAAUUACAUAGAGCAGUCAUACGAAACACAAUAUUUGCUUUCCAAUGUGAUGGCAGUAAACAGUGUGCCUACAAUUACAUUCAGUCCCGAUCCAUUAAUUGGGCAAACAUUAACCUUUUCAUAUCUAGGGAAGUUCAUGAAUCCAAACAAUCACCUCAGUGUAAACAGAAAAGAAACACAUGAAGUUAAAUUUAAGAAAGACAAAGAAAAAUGUUGUAUAACAGGUAUAUGUGAGAUGGGUACAGGAGAAUUCAUGAUCAUCGACUGGAAUAACAGGGCGGUAAAACUUUUGGAUUCUAACUACAAAGUGAUUUCCUAUUCCGAACUUCCUGAUAACCCAUGGUUCAUGAGCAGAAUUGACUCCGAUUUGGUGGCCGUUACAGUGAAUAAUCACCACGUGCACGUUAUUAGAGUGAAAAGGGGUCAGCUUGUUUGGGAUAAAACCCUUAAGUUUGAGCAUAUCUGUACAGGAAUUUUCCAUCACGACGACAAAUUGUUAAUCACAUCGGGUACAGCACUGUACCUCUACAUUCUGGAAUGGGAAUUGGUGACCAAAAUGUAUGAAGACACAUCACAUAUGUCGACAGUUACCUCAUGUGCGGUCAGUCCUGAUGGGACCAGAAUAUACGUUGCCGACAGGACCAACAAUAAGCUUAAAACAUUGUCCAAGGAUGGAACAGUGAUCUCCACCCUAACAGAUUCGGCACUGCAAUGGGAAGGAAUACACGCCCUUCCAAGUCUCCAUGUGACAGAAACUGGGCAAGUUCUGGUAUGUUGCGCCCUUUCAGACACUAUCAUCCAGGUGGACAUAGAUGGGAGAAAGAUACUGGCACACGUGGUUAAAAGUAAAGACGGGGUGAUCAUGCCUACUUCAGUGUAUUAUAGUGCUCGUAAGCUACUCAUUGUUGGGAGAUUUCGAAAUAAGAAGAUUUUAGUGUUUAAGUGCAAUUGACUGAACCCUCAAUGAUGUUAGGGAAAGUCGAUACUGUUUUUCAAACAGGCAAUUUGAAAAUGUUAUAGAACGACCAUCCGUGUACUAAGAGGAUCUUUUUUGUAUAUGUGACAUUAAUUAUGUUAAUAUGUAUUUCCGUUUAUUAAAUCAUUGUUUUUAUGAUAAUAAUAUCGAAAACAAGAGCUUGAUUAUUAAAUGUAUACUAUUCGUUGACACUAUAUUGUGAAUCUGACAUUGUAUGGCACAUGUUUUGUAAUAGUCACUAUUUGCAAGCUAUUAAUCGUAUACUAGUAUUCAGGUUUUAUUUACUGUUUGCUAAUAAAUGUUUUCGCUUAUUAAUUCAAUGGGCAUGUUGCUCAAGCUGAAGACAUCUUACAGAAAAACUGGCGGAUAUUAAAUGUAUCUGAAAACCUGA